AAACAACUUUUAGUUUAGUUUAAGUUUUUGUUGGAUGAAGAUUGUGAUUAUCAACAGUUAACAAUCAGCGAGGUUUAAUUGAUCAUAUUUCUUAAUUGUUUCUGUGAAUAUUGUUAACUAAUUAAACGACAAUAAUAAUAGUAAAUAGUUUUGUGAAAAACAAAAAUCGGAUCAAUUGGUAAAUCAAAUUAGACACAACAAUCAAACGGAUUAAAUGAACAACAAUCAACAAGAACCAUCAUCAUUAUAUCAACUGAGCUAAUCAAAGUGUCCGAUAUUUAUUUAAAUUGUUUUCGUAUCAACUGUUGAUAAUUAUUAUUAAAUCCAAUUGAUCAACUGUGUUGUUGUUACAAUUAAAAUUAAUAGAAUCAAAAAAAGGAAAAAGUGUUAAUUAAUUGAAUGGAUGGGUUUGAAUACCCACCAAUACAAAUCAAUUCCAAUGGAGUAUGUGAUAAAUUUAAUUACUCAUCAAUCAAUCAAUUGGUUGAUUAUCUUAUCGUUAUUAAUUAUACCCAAAGUGUAUUCAAGCCCAAUGGACACAAUAGAUUUUGUUAAUGAUUCACCUAAUCAAUUUAAUCGUCAUCCGAAAGAUGCAACUGGAUUUAAUCGUUCAUUAGCAUCAUCAUCAUCAAACUCACAUCAUCAUCAACAAUAUUUUCGUGUUCGACCUCGAUCCAAUGUCGAGGUUAUCGAAGGCUCUUCAAUAUCGCUCCAAUGCCAAGUAGGAAAUCAAGCCGGUGCCGUCCAAUGGGCCAAAGAUGGUUUCGUAUUGGGUUUCGAUCGAUCCAUCCCUGGUUAUCCUCGUUAUAGUAUGGAGGGUAAUCCAAUCAAAGGUGAACAUAAUUUACAAAUUGAAAAUGCUUCAAUUGAUGACGAUGGUGAAUACCAAUGUCAGGUUGGUCCAGCAUCCAAUAAUAAAGCAAUCAGAGCUAAUAGCAGAUUAACGGUUCUCCUUAAACCUAAAAAGAUUGAAAUCAUUGGUCAUUCCAAUGGGUCAGCAGUCGAGGUGAGAGAGGGUGAAAAGGUCACUCUUACCUGUCUAGUUUACGGAGGUAAACCCUCCGCUAAGAUCAAAUGGUUUCGCCGAGAAACUGAGCUUAAUUCAACUUCCCUUCCAAAUCAAAGUGUCUUAACUGUAACAUCUUCUACCAAUGAUGGUGUCUCAUCUUCUAAUGGAGGUGGUGAUUCAAUUACCACCACAAGAUCUGAAUUAUCACUUAAACUAAACGCCGAGGAUAAUGGUAUUACUUAUACAUGUUCAGCCUCUCAUCCUGCCUUAUCAUCACCCCUGCGAUCAACUGUUUCCAUGUCCGUUUUAUAUCCGCCAAGUGCACCUGAGAUUUCAGGUUAUCACACUGGAGAUAUAAUCAGAAAAGGAGAUACAUUGAAAUUGAGAUGUAGAUCUCGAGGUGGUAAUCCAUUAGCUCAACUAAUUUGGUACAAAAAUGACGAGCCAAUUGAUUUCUCAUUUGAUUCUCACAGUAAUCGAGAAUCAAUCAAUGAAUAUACCUUUGAAGUUGAUUCGGAUGAUAAUAAUGCCAAGUUUACCUGUGAAGCUAAAACACCAAUAUCUUCAAAUGCGAUGACCACUUCAGUUACUUUAUCCGUUCAAUUUGCUCCUUCAUCAGUCACAAUUGUAGGUUUAUCUGAAGCUAAAGCGGGUGAUAAUGUUACCUUGAUCUGUAAAACUGAACCGUCUAAUCCGCCCGCUGAAUUGAACUGGUCAAUCGAUGGCCGGACAAUUAAAACUGAAAAUAGUCAUAAAUCACAAUCCAAGGGUGGAGGUUAUAUAACAACGACAAACAUAACGGUACCAAUAUUGUCAACGGAACGAAGUGUGAAAACUUUUUCAUGUUUUGCUAUUAAUCGAGCUCUCGAUACAACAGUUACCGCCACUCAUGCCUUAAAUAUCUUGUAUUCACCUUAUAAGCCUUCAAUUAUUGGUUACGAUGAGUCUACACCUCUACGUGCUGGCUCAGUUAAACGCCUUACCUGUGAAUCUCAAGGUGGUAAUCCCUUAGCUGACCUUAAAUGGUUCAAGGGUAAAGAUGAGAUAACCUCAGGGUUUACGAUUUCUUCAAAAAUAAACGGAAUAUCAUCUGAAUUAACCUUAAUUGUCAAAGAUUCUGACAAUGGGGCAACUUAUCGUUGUGAAGCAUCAAAUUCAGCGACAAUUAAACCACUCGAAGCUUCAGUUAAAUUAACGGUUUUUUUUGCACCGUCCAAAGUGAAGAUUAAAUCACGACCAGGUCGUAUCAAAGCGGGUACAGAAGUUGACCUUAUCUGUGAGACCGAAUCCUCUAAUCCGGCUUCUGAGGUGGUCUGGUGGAGAAAUGGUCAACUCUUACCUGGAAAUGUGAAAAAACCGAUUGAUUCAUCGUUCGGUGGUAAAUCGUCCAAAAGUAUUCUAAACAUAAAUGUUACCUCUUCCGACGAUGGAACCAUAUUUACCUGUCAAGCAGAGAAUCACCUGUUAGAUCAGAAAGUUCAUGAUUCGAUAACAUUAAAUGUCCAGUUCAAACCUGAAUUUGGAUCAGAAUCAAUGGUUUCCUUUGAACUGGUUGAAGGUAAUGAAGCUUCAAUCAACUUGACUGCUCGAGGUAAUCCAGCUAAUAUCAAGUAUAAAUGGCAUCGUAUCAGUGGUAAUAAUGGACUGGACAGUACGAGAUUCAUAACCGAAGGUCCAGUUUUCAAUAUCACUUCAGUUCUAAGGCAAGAUUCAGGUUCAUAUCUGAUAGAAGCCACUAAUUCACAAGGAACCACCAAAUUACCUUUCACAUUGAAUGUUAAAUACGCUGCAACAAUUACACAGAAAAGUGACCUUGCCCUCGUUGAUAUCGGAAAAACGGCUUAUCUUGAAUGUACCGUCGAUGCUAAUCCAAUAACUAAAGAUUUAAUCAAAUGGCAACGAAAACCCAAUUAUGUUGAAGAUUCACUUGAAUCGUUUACAACUUUACCAACAUUUGAUUCAGAUUCUGUUACCAUGAGUGAUAAUGAACGUUUCAAGAUAACAAUACUCGAUAACAGGUCAUUCCUGAGCGUUUUCAAUGUUUCAGAAUCCGAUUCAGGAGCUUAUGAGUGCCUUGCAUCCAAUGGAAUUGGUUCACCUGAUUCAGCAACGACAAAUUUAAUUGUUAAACAUCAACCUCGAAUUCUGAUGGCACCGAUUCUAUCGAAAUCAGCAAGUGACAAUGGUUCAAAGGGUCGACUGGUUUGUCGGGCUCAAGGUGCACCAAACAUUACGUUCCAAUGGUUUCGAGAAGGAGCAAUAAUAUCAGAGAAAAUGACCAAUAACAAAUAUACAGUUGAACCCAUUGAACAGCCAAAUUUGAUUACUUAUCAGAGUACAUUGGUCAUCAAUGAUGUCACCAAUAAAGACUAUGGUCCAUAUGAGUGUAUUGCUCGUAACGAGUUAGGACUUAAUCGUUUAUCUAUUCACUUUAAUCGGACAUCACCUCCAGAUCCACCAUUGACAUUGAAAAUUGUCAACAGAACAACAUCAAGUAUAACAUUAAGGUGGAUUCCUGGUUUUGAUGGUGGUUUAAGUCAAUCUUUCAGGUUAAGGUAUCAGAAAAUUGACACCAAAUCAUCGGAUGACUCGAACACUGUUAUUUCAUCAUCAACAUCAUCACCCUCAGACAAUAGUUUAUCAUCAUUAUCGUCAACAACUUCAUCCGUGGUCUCAUCUGAACCUGCUCAGUAUUCUGAUGUCCAUCCUUCAAAUACAACAAUCUUUACCAUCAAGGGAUUAACAGAUAAUUCUGAAUAUUCAUUUAAUGUAAUGGCUUAUAAUGACCUCGGAGAAAGUAAAUAUAACAUGGAUAACAUCAGAGGAAAAACUCUUCAGGAAACUCCAGUUUCGGAGACUGAGAGAAUCUCUCAAGUUUUCUCUGGUCAAUCGGGUGAUGUUCCUCGCUUGAUAAUCAUUGCGGUUUCGGUUCUUGGAAGUACAUUGUUACUACUCAACGUUGUUCUUGUUAUUUGUUUUGUCCGAAAACGAAGGAAAAAGAGACUCGAAGAAGAAACUGAUGGAUCAAGUACAAAUAAACCGGCAACCAUUGAAAUGUAUGCACCAGCUUCCGGUUCAGGCGGAAGCUACACUAAUGGACCUAAUGAAACAUCAUUAUCUGCAAGUGAUGAGGAAAAGCACAGUGAAGGUGCUUACUCAGGUCAAACGGACUAUGUAAUGGAGAUAAAUUCUGGUAUACCAAUGAACGGAAAUCAGCAAAGUAUUCAUCCCAAUAUACACUCUUACAUGCAUGGUAACAUUCAUCAAAGUCUGACCACUUAUCUGAUUGAUGAUCCACUGGAAAAUGUCAAAAACUACUACCAACCUCAAGGAUUCAGUACUUACGUGCCACUUUCGGACGGCUACAUCCUUGCAUCACUGCCUGAUCCAAUAAUCUGCUAAUCCCUGUCGAUGGAUUAACUUUUUUUACAAUUGUUUUUUUGAACAUCAUUUACCAAAGCUUUCAUCUUGAGACUCAAUCAAGCAAUCAAUUGAUUUCCAAUUGAAUAAUACAUUUUAUUUUACAUCAAAUCAAUUGAUGAUUAAAGUUUCACAUAAUUUUCUUAUCAUGAUUUAUACAUAAUAAUAAUAAUAAUCAUUUUACAAUGUAAAUAAAUUUAAUUAACUUAAAAUGUGUAACAAGCAAUGAAAACAAUUAAACGAAGCUUAAUUGA